AUGGAGAACCUAUGGACCCGUCGGACAAACAACAAUAAGCUCUCGCUAUCGACAACGUCUGAUGGGAUCGGAUCCGGCACCGAAUCGUCCCGUAACACCUCCUUCUCAAAACGCCAGGGCGGCGACGGCCCCUCCCACCUCAGAUCCAACCCCUCGGCCGGCGGUUCCACCACCCCGGGCGGCGGCAGUAGCUUGACGUCGCCCGGGGGAAGCAUGUCGGGCGGCGCCUUUGGCCUGGGCUCCGGGGCGUUCGCCUCGUUCGGCUCGGCCAAGACGCCCAAGUCGACGGGAAACCCGUUUGAGGCCGCCAUGACGCCGUCACCGGCCAGCGCCGCCGCCGCCAGGGAACCGUCCAAGUCGGCGAGCAGGGGUGGUGCCGGCGGCGGCACGUCCUCCGUCGCCGGGGCCAAGGGUGCCGGCUCCACCCCCGGCCCUCUGGUCGUCCACGCCCUCCGAGACGAGUGGACGUUCUGGUACCGACCACCCAUAUCCAAGGCCCACGGCUUCAUCGAGUACGAGCACACCCUGCACCCCGUAGCCACGGCUCGCACCGUCGAGGACUUCUGGUCCGUCUACGCCCACCUCAAGAGGCCGUCGUCGCUGCCGGUCGUGUCCGACUACCACCUGUUCAAGAAGGAUGUCCGCCCCAUCUGGGAGGACGACAUCAACCGCAAGGGGGGGAAGUGGGUCGUCCGCAUGAAGAAGGGCGUCGCCGACCGCCUGUGGGAGGACCUCCUGCUCGCCCUCGUCGGGGACCAGUUUGGCGAUGCGGGGGAGGACGUCUGCGGCGCCGUGCUGAGCGUCCGCAACGGGGAGGACAUCCUGAGCAUCUGGACCAGGACGGACGGCGGCCGCGUGCUCAAGAUCCGCGAGACGAUGAAGCACGUCCUCAACUUCCCCCCCAACACCCGCGUCGAGUUCAAGAGCCACGACUCGAGCAUCCAGCAGCGCACCGCCAUCGACGAGCAGCGUCGCGAGAAGGCAAACCAGCACCACGAGAAGCGUCAGACGAGGCAGGCUGAAUAG